UUGGCCCAUCUGUUUCUUUGUCUCCCUGGUUCUCAUCCCUGCCCCACCCAAAUCUUUCAGGCCACCCACCACAAGACCCCUCUGCUUCAGGGUCUCCGCCCCGGCACAGUCAUGAGAAUUCGAGGUGUCGUCCCUGAACAGGCUGGCAGGUUCCAUGUUAACCUGCUGUGCAGCGAGGAGCAGGGGGCAGACGCCGCCCUGCACUUUAACCCAAGGCUCGACACAUCCGAGGUAGUCUUCAACACCAAACAGCAAGGCAAAUGGGGCCGUGAGGAGCGGGGCUCCGGCAUCCCCUUCCAACGCGGGCAGCCCUUUGAAGUGCUCCUCAUAACCACAGAUGAAGGCUUCAAGGCAGUGGUCGGGGACGAAGAGUACCUCCACUUCAAUCACCGGAUGCCACCCGCGAGCGUGCGCUUGGUGGAGGUGGGCGGAGACGUGCAGCUGCAUUCUGUGAAUGUCUUCUGAGCCAAGGGCGGCAGGGUGGGGGAGGAUCGCAGAGGAGGGUGUGGAUGACGAAUAAAGUGUAGCUGUAGUUCCCGACUGUGUCUGUGUCCUUUAUGUGUGGCUGAAAAAACUGAGAAAAACAGUGAUCCAGGGUCACAGUGAGCCUGUGUCGAGACCGCAUCAAACCUGCAUGGCAAGGAGGUAGCUGAGCAGAGGCCCAGCGCUUUCCUUCCGGGAGCACCUAGGUGCUGGUGCUGGUUUGGGUGGGGGAAGGGUAAAAAACAGUCUGUGUAGCCCAGGCUGGCCUCAGACUUCCAGCCAUUCCUUUGCCUCAGCCUCUCAAGUGCUGGCAGAGAUUACAGGGGUGCACUAUCACAUCAAUUAUUUUGUAACUAUUUGUAAGUGUGUGUGUGUGUGUUUCAUGCCAAUGAGUGACAAAGGUGUCCCAUUCCUUGGAGGUGUUGUUACAAGCAGUUGUGAGGUGCCCAGCGUGGGUGCAGGGAACCGAACUCAGGUCUAGUGCAAGAACAUCAAGCGCCCUUUACACAGGAAGCUGUUGUGUUCUGGCGGCCUGCCGGCAUUUGGAGGUACCCUUUAUGUGACACUAUGUCAUCUUCACAAAGGUCACCAAAUGUUUCCUUUUGAAAAAGCAGAAAUGCUGGACAUGGUGGCUCACGUCUGUUAUCUCAGUAUUCUGGCGGCUGAGG